AGCUAAGAAUUAAAACUGUAUAUGACAGAAGUGUUGAAGUAUUGCUCCCUGAAAAAAAACAUCUUAUAAAGAGAUAACAAGUUACCUGCCAGAUUAAAGAAGUGAAUUCCCAUCUCAUCAGUUUCAGCCCUUACAUAUUUGCAGCAUGCAGCUAGUUCGGCUGAUGAACAAAAGUAGGUAGGCAGUUAUUCAUUCUUCAAAACUUUUAUUUCAACACCAGAAUCUGUGCCUCAACUGUCCACUAGUAGAUUCAGCAUAAAAUGAUAACAUCAGUAAAGGUAAUAAUAUUUUCAGAAGUGCCAGUGUUUAAUCUAAAAUAUACAGUAUGCUUUUCUGGAUUAUUAUUUCUUCUUAAAAUUCCUUCUUGUUUCCUGAUGUUACUAUUUUACUUUAUUAUAGGUUUGACAUAAUAUCUUUGAGGUCUUGUAUCAGGUGGGAUUGUUUCCCCUCCCUAAGAUUUUAAGUUUACCAACCACAAAUUAUCCAACUAUGAUAGUUUUCAAGAAUGGAACUCUUGUGAUUGGCAAGGGGUUACUAUAUCUUUUUAAAUAAAGUUAAUGAGCUCAUGGCUGUGAAAAUAUGAUUACAAGGUCAUUAGAGUUUUGACUUAAAUCUUUAGAAGGAAUUUUUUAAAGUGUCAAAUCCUUUUUUAUUGUGUUAUUUUUCUUUUGUUUAGAACAAGCUCUUCCCACAAGCUAUUUCUUAUUUAGAGAAGGCAUUUCAAGUUCGGAAACCUAUGGGUACUGUCUUGUUAAGUAGACAGUGUGUAACAAACCAGUAUUUAAGGAAGAAGGAUGAUCCUCACAGAUACUGUCGAGAAGCCUGUGCAGAACAUACCAAGUGUGGGCCAGUUAUAGUCCCUGAAGAACACCUGCAGCAAUGUAGGGUAUGUAAUAUGAAUGGACGGAAUUGUCAGACUGUUGGUGAAGCAGACAAGGAAGGCAUUCGAGAUGCUGAUUUUAUACUGUAUGUUAGUGCUCUGACUACUGAAAGAUGUGGCCAAGAAAACAUCAUCGCAUAUGCAGCAUAUUGUCAGCUAGAAGCAGAUAUGGACAGACCAAUUGCAGGAUAUGCUAAUCUGUGUCCAAAUAUGAUUUCAACCCAACCACAGGAGUUUAUUGGCAUGUUGUCUACAGUGAAACAUGAAAUCAUUCAUGCUUUGGGUUUCUCUGCUGGACUUUUUGCAUUUUAUCAUGGUGACGAUGGAAAUCCUUUGACUGCUAGAUACGCAAAUGGAUUGCCACUAUUUAAUGAAAGCCUUGGUGUGUAUCAGUGGAGUGAUAAAGUUAUACGUAAAGCAGUAAGAUUAUGGGAUGUGCGGGAUAAUAACAUUUUGCCUCAUAAUGUAUUCCUUUUGGUAACUCCUAAGGUAGUUGAGGAGGCAAGAAAACACUUUGACUGUCCAAAUUUGGAAGGAAUGGAACUAGAAAAUCAAGGUGGCAUAGGCACAGAGCUUAAUCACUGGGAGAAACGGUUAUUAGAGAAUGAAGCAAUGACUGGAUCACAAACACAGAACAGGGUCUUCUCCCGGAUUACUCUGGCAUUAAUGGAAGACACGGGCUGGUAUAAAGUGAAUUAUAGCAUGGCAGAAAAACUAGAAUGGGGCCGAGGAAAAGGCUGUGAUUUUGUGAUGAAAAGCUGCAAGUUUUGGAUCAAUCAGCAACGGAGAAAAAAAGAACCAGUAGCCCCAUAUUGUGACACUCUGAGAAGUAAUCCAUUACAAUUAACAUGCAGGCAGGACCAAAGAGCAGUAGCAGUGUGCAAUUUACAGAAAUUCCCUCAACAGUUGCCUCAGGAAUAUCAGUAUUUUGAUAGUCUGUAUGGCGUGUUGCCAAACGACUUGCCUCACUAUGGAGGGUCGGUUGAAAUUGCUGACUACUGCCCUUUUAGUCAAGAAUUCAGUUGGCACUUAAGCGGUGAAUUUCAGCGCAGUUCAGAUUGUCGGAUACUGGAAAACCAACCAGAUCCUUUCAGAAACUAUGGUGCAGAGAAAUAUGGGCCAAAUUCCAUUUGCCUCAUUCAAAAGUCAGCUUUCAUUAUGGAACAGUGCAGAAAGAAAUUGAGUUAUCCUGAUUGGGGUAGUGGCUGUUAUCAGGUUUCUUGCUCUCCCCGUGGACUGACCGUUUGGAUCAAGGACGUGGCAUAUUUAUGCAGUCACUCAGGUCAAAUUCUCACAGUGCAUAUUCAGAUGAAUGGAUGGCUACAUAUGGGGAAUCUAAUUUGCCCAGCGUGCUUGGAUUUCUGCGAUUUCUGCCCGCCUGAACAGGAUCCCCCUCCAGUUGCUAAUUUAACAAGAGUUGCACCUAUUGAUCUGUGUUCUUGUUCUCCCAGCCUAGUAAUAACUCUAUGGCUACUGAUGGUGAACUUGUUUCCACUACUAGCUGGAUUUCUUCUAUGUGCAUGGAGUUAAAAUGUGUAUAUGGUUUGUCAGGGGUCCCCUACAGCUGAGCACAUCUUGAAGGCAGCUAUCCAGAAGGGCAGUCACAUCGUCUACAUUUUGGAAAGAGUCCAGCUAGGAAAGGCUGACUGAAGUUUCUAGAGAGAUAGGGACAACAUUUAGAAGGUUAUCUCAAUGAAGAGCUAGUGUUGACCGAAAUAUGUAAUUUUCACAUUGAUAACAAAUUUGGAGGAACAAAUUUGUCAGUGUAGUUGAAUGCCUUUGGGUGCCACUAUUCAGGAUGACUUUUUAUUAUGUGCAAUUCUCUAUGAUAUAAUUUGGUAGUUGGGUUUUUGUUUUGGCAUCUUUUGACAGAGAUAUACCUCAGUUUCCUUUAGUCAAAAGCCAUAAAAUCAAUUGCCAUUACGUUAAGAACAACUCAGCAUUGUGUAGAAUUUUUUUUUAAGAGUGUCUUGGCUUGGGGGUUAAGAUGCUUCCAGAGUUACUCUGUAGACUCUGGUGAUUCCAAGUUAUUUCUUCUAUGAAGCUUUUGCUGCUCAAAAUAUGAAAUAGCUUUUCAACAGCUGCACAAUAUGCACUUUUAGAAUAUUUGAAUGAAAAUAUUUAUAUCUUCAUUUUAACAGUAGACAAAACUAUUAUUCAAUGGCUUUUUUCUUCAAAGGCUAGAAACAAAGUAUGUUUGCUGGCAUGUAAGCUCUCUUGAACUCUGUUGAACCUAUAGUACCUAUAGUAGUUCUGAGUAACUGAAUUUGGGCUACAUACUUUGUUUCUUACCAGGUAAUUUGAGGAAUUUAAUUACCUUUGUAGAUAUUUCCCUUGUGUUAUAAAACAGGCAAAGAUUGGUAAUCUGUACCCUACACCAUCCCAGUUGACUUAAAGAGUUUGAAAUUCACCAUUACGUUGUAGUGCAUAAUGAUAGCAAUUGGAAAACAUUACAGAUAACAUAUGGAUCCCUUUGUAGCUAAAAUACAGUUUUAUUACCAAGGGACCACGUUUGGCUAUUGGAUGAAAGAACAGUUAACCUUAAAUUUACAUUAUGGAAUACAAGGGCUUAAAUAUACCGGGGAGUCCUUGGUGCUCUCUAAACUUGGUUGUUUGCUCGCAGACAUUUCAUUACCUGAUUAGACAACAUCAUCAGUGCUAGAGAGUGUGGGGUUUGCUCCCUGUUUAUAAGCACCACCUUGCCCUACAAGGUUUGUGGGGGUGUGGUUUCUCUCUUUGGUAAUUCCUUGCUUAGGGUAUUGUUUUCUGUUUAUUUUUGUCUGGCAUUAAUUCCUGCUUAUGUGGGUGUUGGUUAUUGGAAAGGAUGUGUUCUGGGAGUGGGGGUUGUUUCCUAUUUAGCUUUUUUUAUUGUCUCUGAAUGUGUAUAAAUGUGGCUUAUCUUUAUGUGUUUGUUGAUGGAUGACUGCUUUGUCUAAAUGAUAAGCGUCCAGGAAUUCUCUAGUCUUUUGGGAUUUAGAUUGGUCUAGGAUGCCCAGUUUUCUAGUUGAAACCAUGGUUGAGUUUGUCCAUGUUUUGUGAGAUUAAGGAGUGUUCAUUAUGUCUUCUGACUGCUAGUCGAUGCUCAUGGAGGGGCUCUGCUAGUCUUCUAUCUGUCCUACAUUGUGGCUGUUACCCUUCUUACACAUAAAUUGUGUAUAAACAAGAAGCAAACCCCACACUCACUAGCACAGAUGAUGGUACCUAAUCAGGUAAUGAAACAACUUCAAAGAAACAACCAAGUGCAGAGAGCAUCAAGGACUCCACAAUUCAAUCCUGAUUACAUAUAUUCUCUUCUGUUGGAACUUAAUACUGUUUACAGGACACAGAUUAAUUACUGUGUCACAGAAUACUGCACAUUAUAUAAAAAAAAUAGUGAAUAACUUUUUAUAAUCCAGUUCCUUGGAGAAUGAAAAAUGUUCAAGGACUAGGUUGUGGUAUUCUCUUUGAAUUGGUUGGUGCUGUUUUCAGAUUGGGAAGUAAAUGUUAUGUAGUCUUAAAUGGUGAUUCAUAUUCACUGAAAGCUGUGACCAAUAGAGAUGGUGACUAGGAAUGGUCCUAAAGCUUCUUGUGAAAUGUUCCAGUAGAAGCAGGCUAGUCCAUGGGACUAGAUAAGAAUUUUAGAUGGGACCCAUUCUAAGAAUUCUUCUCUCAAACCAGAGUAUCGUUACUCCUAAAGGGAAAUCUAUAAUAGUGCCUGUUGGAUAACAUUUUUUCUACAGUAGUCCCUAUUUUUAGAAAUAAAAUGGUGAAAAUUAAGUGGCUUCUCUCCAGAACAGGGAUCCCCAACCGCCAGGCUGCGGCCUACUAGCGGGGCACAGCCCAUACAGAACCUGGCCGAACAAGCGGUGGCCAAGCGUGUGCACGUGUGUAACUCCACUUGCACAAUCGGCAGGCACUCACGUGCAAAGCUGCAUUUGCGGGAAUGGUGGGCACAUGUGCCCGCUGCUUGCACAAAUGGAGCUGCACGCGUGCCUCUACCGCUAACACAAACCAUCCCCUUCCCACCCCACCCCACCCCGGGCGGGCUUCCAAGCCAGAAAGAUUGGGAACCGCUACUCCACAACAUGCAAAGGCUGACUGAAGAACGUGUGACAGAAUUUGCUUAUAUUACACACCCUGCAUUAGCCUUAAAUAAAAGAGGGUGGAAUGGAAGUAAUGAGAAUAGCAAUAAAAUAUUAGGUUUGAGAAAUAUGUAUACUUUGAAUGAGGAAUAGUUCAUUUUCUAAUCCAAAUGGUUAUACAGCUAAAAUAUUAGUGUGAAACAGAUCUAUAAAAAUAAGGAAGACAAACUAUUUUUAUAUGUGCAAUGUAAAACUUAAAUGGCAUCUUGUAAGGAUGUUUUAAAUACUUGAACCUUUUUUCCCUGUCUGUCUUGAAGUAAAAAAAAAAUUGCACUGCAGUAGGGGUUGUUUUUUUGUAAGUAUUUAUAUUUAUGUUAAUGUAGUGUUGCUAUGAAAAUAAUGCUAUGGCAUUCUUGACUGAGAAAUGAUUAAUUUGUUGCUGGAUUCUAGUUGAUCCUUUUGAGAAAUGGCUAGGAAGAAGAAAGUAUGAUGUGCCAGAGUACACAACGUUUAAAGAGAUUUUGACUGUAUUACUGUUGUAUGUUGUAAACAUGGGUAUAUCAAUACAUUGUAUGAUGCAGAUUUGUGGUUGCUUUAAUCUGAGAUUCUUUGUAUGAGCGAGAACAUGGUAGCAGUUAAUAAUCCAAUCUCAAAGUUAAAUCACUUUCCUGCGUUAGUAGAAAAUAUUCCAGCAAACCAAUGAGCCUUCAUACAGUCUUUAAUCAGUACAGAAAGUAAAUGUUGACACUAUCUCAGAUACCAGACCUGCUUUUAAGAAAUCUUUUUUAAAUACAAGGGUUUUCAAACAUUUUCAACUGCAGAAUCUAUUACAGGUAGUUCUCAAAUUAUGACAGUUGGGAUUGGAAUUUCCAGUGUAGGUCAUGGCAGUCAUAAAUUGAGUCAUCAUGUGACUGGAUCCAAAUUUACAAACAUUUUGACCAUAAGCCUUAAGCAAAUCAUCAUUAAGUGAAUCUGGCUUUUCCAGUGGAUGCUUUCUUUUGCUGGAAAUCAGCCAAAAAAGGUUACAUAUUGCAAUCAUGUGACCACAAGGUGUUGCAGUCCUAAAUGUGAGCUGGUUUUCAAGCACCCGAAUUGCAGUCAUGUAACUGCAGAGAUGGUGUGACGGUCAUGAGAGCAAAUAGAAGUUAUAAAGCACUUUUUCCAUGGACAGUGUAAGUUUGAACUAUUUUUAACAAACAGUUAUAAGUCAAAGACUACCUGUAGCUUUUUUUUUUAAUAUCCAUAAA